CAUUUUCAAACAAUCAUUUACGUGAGCUUGACGUGCAGCCGAUUUGCGAGGUGCAACCCCAAACACCUUUAUCGCAAAUCAAAGAAAUGCAUCAUUCGCCCAGUGAUAGCGUUUCUUCUAUUUUUGAAGAAAGAGUGCUGUAUGCAAGGAACAAGCUGCUAAAUGGGGCCAAGCCUGCGGUGGUUGGAGGAACGCCGAUAACCGAGGAGUUGGCAUCGGAGCUUCGUAUAACCGCUUUCGGCACUGCUUCCUGUCCAACGCGAGCCGAAUGGAUCUGCAGUCCGUUGAUGAUGAGAACGCCUGACCAGCCCUUGAGCUAUGGCCUGGCUGCUCCCAGGAACGGGACGCGAUCCUUAUUGUCCGGACUUCAGGCUCACAUCAUCAAAUGGCUCCUCUUUGACUCCAGGCCUAUAACUAAGGAUAAUAAAUCCGGAGUUCCUCCUGAAACCUACCUACGGCCUUCAGAAGACCGGCAAGAAGAAGCGCUCUGGCGUGCCUGCAGUGAGGUCCUCUGGCGCUGUGCUGGAGGCUUCAACCACCAAACCAGCUCAGAGCCCUUAGCAAAGGUCGCCUUGCCAAGCGAGAACGUGUAUGUUCAACAUAACUCUCGCUACUAUCAAGAUGGGGUUACUGAAAAGCUACAUAUCUUCGAACUCAAAUCACUGGAGGAUCUUCAGAUAUUUUUGAAGCAAUAUCUUUACUUGUUUCAAAGUCAAGAAUGUCCAGGCGCUAUGCUCGUUUUGUACUCGCUGAUGCUGACGAGAGGCUGCGAAAACAUCAAAAAAGAUUUGGAUGGUAAACUGACCCAUCUUGUGUCAUCGCAUGUAGAGGGAUCACUGAACGUUAUUACUCUACUUCUGACGGGAAGAGCCACGCCAUAUUUACACAACGGCAUUCUCUAUGUCGGCGAUGAAGACCACUAUGCUAUGCCACAAUAUGGCGUACUCUCUCGGAGUCCGGUUGGCCUCCUCGUUUGGUAUGGAGGAGAAGAAAACUCGAAGAUCAAUGUGAACAAGCAAUACCCUGGAUCCAGAUUGAAAACUCCGGCUUUACCUAUAUGGAUCACCAGUUGCUCCGGACACUACGGCGUACUAUUUAACACAAACCGUGAACUACUGAGGAAUUAUCAUGCUGAAAGACGUUUCGACAUCCACUACUACACAUGCGGCGGAUGUCAUGUCCUCCUCAACGUGGACACGAGAGCCCAUGACGACACCACCGCGGCCAUGCGGACUGAUGACAUCACGGCUACACCUCUGGAGAAACUUAUCCUUACCAAGUGGCAAGACGCCAAGAUCACGUGGACUGGACCGGGCCCGAACUUCAAUGAAAGCUCCAAAUAAAAAAUAAUAAAAAAUAACCAGAACGUAAUAAAAAAAUAGCUUAAUGCAACUUUAACUUAUGUAUUUGAUACGACAAUUUGAGGGUCACUGUAUCAAUAUUUUUUUUGUUUGUUAUUACAGUAAGCCCUAUGUGAGUUUUCAUAGCGAUUAUUGUACAGAUCAUUUGCCAUGUUCAAAUUAUAUUAUUACCUGAGGAAUGUGGCUGUACAAGUGUAAUGUAGUAUUCUAAUUUUCAGUUUGGUUCUAUUAA